UUGAAUCCCAAACCACACUCCAAGUCCAACACCCCUUCAAGAUGGAGUCCGACCCGACCCAAAUAACCCACGACUUCCCCCCUUUCUUCCGUGUCCACUCCACCGGCCAAAUCGAGCGAUACAUCACCCACGACUUCGUCCCCGCCGGCCACGACCCCCAAACCGACGUCGUUUCCAAGGACAUCCUCAUCUCCCCAGAAACCCCCCUCUCCGUCCGCCUCUACCUCCCCAAAAUCCCCCAAUCCGACCCCAAACCCCCCCUCAUCUUCUACACCCACGGCGGCGGCUUCUCCAUCGAGUCCGCCUUCUCCUCCACCUACCACCGCCACCUCAACUCCCUCGCCUCCCUCUCCCGCUCCCUCAUCGUCUCCGUCGACUACCGCCUCGCCCCUGAGCACCCCAUCCCCGCCUGCUACGACGACUCCUUCGCCGCCCUCAAAUGGCUCGACGAUCCCUCCCGAUCCGAUCCCUGGAUCACCGAUCACGCCGACCUCCGCCGAGUGUACCUCGCCGGCGACAGCGCCGGCGCCAACAUCGCGCACAACACGCUCGUCCGGGCCAGGAGUGAAGGCGGGUUCGAGAUUGGAUUUGCGGGGUUGAUUUUGGUGCAUCCCUUUUUCGGGAUCGGGAAGGCGGAUAGGGUGUGGGAUUAUAUCUGCCCCGGGUCGGGCGGGGUGGAUGAUCCGAGGCUGCACCCGAUGGCCCACCCGGGUGAGAUGGCGGGUCUGGGGUGCGGGAGGGUGCUGGUGUGUGUGGCGGAGAAGGAUUUUUUGAGGAGCAGGGGAUUGGGGUAUUACCGGAGCUUGAAGGAGAGUGGCUGGAACGGCGUCGUUGAGAUGUUCGAGACGCCUGAGGAGCCGCACGUGUUUCAUUUGCUGGAUCCCACGUGCGCCAAUGCGACCGCAUUGCAGACGAGGAUUGUUCAGUUUGUUAAUUCUGGAGUUCGUGUUGUGUCGAGUGUUUAGUAGUGUGGAUUGCUUGUUUAUGCUCUGCUCCUCACAUCUAUCUGAUUGUGAGCUGAUUACUUAUGCUAUUAAUCUUUUAGUUACUAUGAACUCAACAUUUUAUGGUUAAAA